AUGAAGCCAACUGGAACAAGCAAGGAACUCGGCAAAUCUCGACACAUUAGGCAGAGCGCCAACCCAGAUUCCGACGACUUUCAGUCGGACCAUGGCGAAUUUCAUCAUAAAGAUGCUCGGAGACCUCAAAAAAGAAAGAUCCCAAAUGCGACUGAAGCAGAAGAGUCGCGAGAUCCAAAUUAUCAUGCUGAGGAUGAAACACACGCUGUAGUAGAUGACUCUGAAGGCAACUUGAGUGAUGAAUAUGAGGAUGAGCAAAUAUCGGGGAUGAAAUUCAGUAAAAAAAGGAAGGAUGGAAUACAGCAAGGACGUCAUUUCAAAAAAAAGAGGACAAAAGAUAGCAGGGCUGUAGAAAAUACAACUGGGGAUUCUCCUAUAGGCAAAGUAUUCAAGGAGUGGGAAUUGAUCAUACCAAAUCCCAGGGAUUUAAAUGUCAAGGUUCUAAACAGUAAUGACAACAGCAGAAACGAUUCUACAAUAGGUGAAAUCAAGCGAAUGCUUUCAGUCGAUCAGUUAGAUUUGUUUAGAGAAUCUGCAUUUGGUAAGUUCUUGGAUCUACCGCACUGCAAGGUUCAAAACCAGCUUGUCAAUCAGAUUCUUUUACGUGAGGUGCAUCAAUCAAGGAGCGACGAGCUUUGGCUUGACUUUGGGGGGAGGUUGUUUCGGUUUGGCAUCGAAGAAUUUGCCCUGAAUGCUCCCGAGCCUACUAUAGUGGCAACAAGAACUAAAUCCGAAGCUCUAAUGAAGCUUGCCGCUGAUCGAAAUGUUCCCGAGCCUACUAUAGUGGCAACAAGAACUAAAUCCGAAGCCCUAAUGAAGCUUGCGGCUGAUAGAAUUCGUGAGCCGUCUCCACCAGUCUGCGGAGAUAUGUUUGAUCAAGCUGACAUAUUUUCUCCGCUCACAACGCAAUUUCUUGAGGAAGUUGAUAGAAGUACGGAGGAAAAAUUGAGGAAUGCAUCAAAGGCCAAUGAACCGGAGAUCACUACAAAAGUUGUGCACGAGAUGGCAACUCGAGAACUUGGAAAGAAAAACGAAGCAGAACCUUCUUGCUACGACGUUGUACUCGUACCAAACCCACAAACCACGCAUAUGGGGACUUCAAAGACAACAGAAAAACUCAAGAAACGCCGUUGUGUGAGGAAAGGAAUUCUGCGAACAAAAUCGUGUCCGUUUGACGUUGAUUUCUGGGAAGAACCUGAGCGGACAAACGAUUUUGUGAAGUGGUAUAUGACGGGUAUGCUCAAGACAGCGCGCAAGUUUAAAGACGGGUACAUUCGUUAUGGUGUGAGAACAAAAGUUCUGAACCCCCCGUUUGAUUUUAAUGUUGCCGUUAUAUGUGAUAAAAAUUGGUUUUGCACCCUUUACGAGUCAGGGUGCUUCCUUGAUAGCAGCCACAUGGAUGUCUUGUUCUACUACCUACGGAAGAUUGGUGUGCAUGGUACUAGUGCUGAGGUUAGGUAUACGACGACUGAUGUGAUGUUUGACCAACACAUUAAGUCGUUAUAUGCUAUAUACCUGUCACAGUCUUGCAAUACUGCUCUAUGCAGUGUUCAUGAUAUUGUCACUGACUACAUUUUGGGUUAUAGACUUAUAUGCGGAAAGUCAUGGUUUGAUGUUGAUCAUAUCUUGUUUCCAAUGCACGUACAAGUCAAUGGUAUUGGUCACUGGAUACUGGGUAUAUUGACGUUCAACAAUAUGAAGUUUUGGGUUUAUAACUCGUACCGGUCAGUUGAAGUUGAUGAGAUUGUUCUAGAAAGUGUGCAGGCAUAUGUUAGAUUGCUUCCAAUUUUUCUUGCCCUGGUGAAAUUUUAUGAAAAAAGGAUUGAUGUCAAUACUAAUGCUGGUGGUCGCAUACCAACAGACGUUAACAGUCCAUUUGAGGUUUUGAUGGCUGCCAACAUCCCACAGCAAAUGGAGAGCGAUUGUGGUAUUUUCAUUGCAUCUUACGCUGAGCACUUCAUAACCGAUGUUGACAUUACUACGAAGAAGUUCAAUGUUGAUAUCGAGCGACAAAGGUAUACCUACUUGUUGUACACACACGGUACAACAAAGCAGAGCAAUGGUUAUCAAAGUGAUGAUGACCCUCCCGGAUCAAUGCCCGAUGAUGUCCGUUUUAGUCUAUUAGCUUGA